AUGGCGUUUCCGAAGACCUUCCGUGUGUACCAGUACGAGAACUACGGCUCGCUCGAGAAAGAGCUCAAGAUCCACGACAACAUUCCUCAGAAACCUCUCGGCCCCGAGAACGCCGCGGUGAAUCCCAUCGACUACAUGCUGCUGGAGUCUGAGGGCCAGGCGUUCAUAGGCAAGGCUCCGUCGGCUGAAAACCCCUUCGACAUCGGGUUUGACGGCUCUGGUGAAGUGGUGGAAGUCGGCAGUGAUGCAAAGCGGUUGACGGUGGGAGAUGCGGUGUAUCUGAUGACACCGUUCACCUCUUUUGGGACCCUUGCCGAGUUUCUGGUCGUUGACGAAGAGUUUGCUGCGGCGAAGCCCAAGAAUUUGGAUUUCAAUGAAGCUGCCGCAGUGCCUUCAGUGGCGCUAACAGCUUAUGCCGGUAUGGUGCGGCACGCGAAGCUGCAGAAGGGUGAGACCGUUCUCAUUGUCGGCGGUAGCAGCUCCGUCGGUAUGUUUGCCGUGCAGUUUGCCCACGCUAAAGGUGUUCGGGUCAUCGCGACGACGCGUUCACGUAACGUUGAGCUCAUCAAGUUUCUCGGCGCUGAUCAAGUCGUCGACUACACCAAGGAGAAGUGGGUGGACGUGUUGCCGCCGCACUCUGUUGAUGCGGUGUACGACUGCGGGGUGGAGCCCUCGGCCUGGAACGACGGUGCGCAGUUGGUGCUCAAGAAGAACACGGGACGUUUCAUCACGAUCCUGCCAAUGACGCAGCCUGUUAAGGACUCGGAGUUCGGGGCACAGCUCGUAGGCGAAGUUCACAACACCGAUCCUUCUGCCGAGAAACUCGACGUAAUUACCAAGUACAUCGAGAGCGGCACAGUCAAGCCCGUGAUUGAUACUGUGUACCCGUUCGACAAGGCGCUGGAUGCCUACGCGAAGCUGAAGACACGCCACACACAGGGAAAACUGGUGGUGCAGGUGCAGCCUUGA